AUGGCGUACGCUCCUCUAAUCCUCAUUUCGCCCUCAGACCCACCGUCAACCAGGGCUCGCUGCAGCUCGACUGUGUACGGGCGAGGAUUCCUGAGAUUGAGCAUUUGCGGCCGCAUGCGACAGAAUGUCACAUUCGCGAACCGCUGUCGCGAGGCGAGCUGUGCAAUCUUGGGUACUAGGCACAUGGUCUCGAGUGCUCCUCGGCGCUAUCGCUGCAGACCUGGCGUCGGCAUUCGCGGUGGCUUCUUAUGGCGCUGCACCUCCAACGACUACGCACCAGCUUGGAACCGCCCAGGCGUACGUCGUAUUCUUCUUUGUCCGCCGCGAGCGGCUCUCUUGGUGCGAACUCGAGGCCUGGACGGCAGCCGGUCUGCAUCACCACUAGCGAGACGGCUUACGGAAGCCUCUCCUCCUUGCGCGCCGUUCUGCCUUCUCACUCGCUGGCGCUUCAUGCACGAGAUAUGCCUCUUCGCUGCUAUCUCUCAGAUCCUCUUGGCUAUCUGCCGCAGACCGGCUACCCCUCUGCAUGUGUUCCUGGCGGUUAAUCCAACACCCGCUGCCACUCAGGAACUGUUUAAUCGGUGCCGUUGGCGGAAAGCCGCGCUUGUCAACUCUUGGGCCCGGCACUCAGCUAUCGACGCACCUACUCCGCCCGACUCUUCGGUCUCGAGGAUGAAGAUGUGCGCGACGUGUUUCACCGUACCGUUCGCGGGCGGGGCCAUGCAAAGCCCGGAUGAGCAUUCCGCCAAGGCCAAUUUGAUAUCCGCUCUAGGCGACGAAUGGACGACCUCGCACUAG